AUGGUGAUGAGUACGAAUGAUAUUCGUUUUAUCGUCGGCAUUAUCGGCAAUGUCUUAUCGUUCGUUCUCUUUGCUUCGCCAAUGCCAACAUUUCGUCGAAUCAUCAAAAACAAAUCAGUGGAGGAGUUCCACCCGUACCCAUACCUUGCAUCUACAAUGAACUGUUUGAUGUGGAUUUACUACGGCAUGCCUUUCGUUCAUCCACACAGCAUUCUUGUGGUCACCAUCAACAGCGUUGGCCUCUUCAUGCAGUUGUGCUAUAUUUCCAUAUUUUUCUUCUACACUGGCAAAAGAUACCGGCUACAAAUAGUUUCUAUUUUGUUCGGUGAAAUCGUGGGGCUGGCUGCCGCUGUAGCUGGAACCAUGUUAGGCUUGCACACUUACGCAAGUAGAACCACGGUUGUGGGAAUUCUCGCUACCGCCUUCGGAAUUUGUAUGUAUGGAUCCCCUCUAUCAAUCAUGUACAAGGUGAUCAAAACAAAGAGUGCUGAAUUCUUGCCAACGACGCUUUCCAUAGCAUGCUUCCUCAAUGGAAUCUGCUGGGCCAUCUAUGCUCUCCUCAAGUUUGAUCCCUACAUCUUGACUGGAAACGGAGUUGGAGCACUAUUAGCUUUAAUUCAGCUGGCAUUGAUCGUCAUUUACCGCAACCCACCUCCCAAAGACGAGAAGCCCUCAAAAGUGGAGCUCCAAAACGUCGUCUGAUUUCUCCCUAUGAUAUCACUCUUUAGAUUUUGAUUUUGUGGGGUUCUCUUACCCCCUUCCUAUUUCCACGAGAAUACGAAUUUCUGCGGCAUUUGCUUUAGUCAUUCAAUUGUCAGUAAAACUUUUUUUAUAGUUAA